AUGUAUUACUUGAUUUUUGAGUUUGAUACUAUACACCAGAAUGAAACUCCGAAGGAUACUACUCAGUUAUCGAAAAUAUAUUAUCAAUUGGUUGAUGCUCAAGAUUUGAAAAGUGUUUUAGAGGUCCCUGGUUCUCUUGAUGUUUUGGAUCUCGGUUUGCAAAAUGCGGUGGGGAAGUUGGAGUCGGAUAUAUCGGCAAGAAUUAAUGGAGACAAUUUUGUAUUGUGUUCACUUUUUUCGACUUGGCAUCUUCGUGUUACGUUGAUCAGACAAGCGUAUGAUUGUAACGUUGUACUUCCAUCGUUUUUGCAGCAUGCAAAGGUUUUUGACUUGUGGAGAGAGUACGACAGGUGGUUGGUUAAUCACCCGGAAGUCAGUGCCGGAAAUGGGAAGGCGAAAUUGAACGAUCCUAGCGAGAUAUAUAUUGGAUUGGAGAUUGACGAUGGUAAUCUCGCUAAUGAGCCUCGUAUUGACCAAGCGGUGAAGAUCUUGGUGAAGUUGCAUGAGAAAUGCGUUUCUCAGGAAGAUCAGUGCACAGUACUCACCCAUCCUUACGAUUCGUAUGCUGACACUCUGAACUUUAUGCAGGAGCGGUCUAAAGUGCUUUACAUGAAUAAUUUGCCACCUGAUACUACCCAGUCCGAGCUUGAAUCUUGGUUUACUCACUUCGGGUCCAGGCCAGUUGGCUUCUGGACUGUUAAAAACGUCGUGGAAGACACGUCUAACUUGAAUAACAACUGGUCUUCAAACAACUCUAGGUAUGUUGAGGAGCAUGAUAGCAUAUCCGGCUUUGUUGUGUUCCAGACACACGAAGAAGCUAAUGACGGUUUGGCCUUGAAUGGUCGUUCUAUCCUUUCGAAUAUGGCGAACACGAAGCAGCCUAAAAUAGUUGAACAUGUUGUCGAAAUCAAACCUUCUAGUAACAGGGUUUUGGACUGUGCACACGAAAUAUUGUCACCUUUCCCACAGUCUAAAAACAAGCCAAGACCCGGUGAUUGGAACUGUCCAUCUUGUGGAUUCUCCAAUUUCCAAAGGCGUAUUGCAUGCUUCCGGUGUUCUUUCCCUGCUACUACUGCUGUGACUGUCAAUAAGAUAUAUAAGCCACCGCAGCAACAACGCAAUUUCCAGCAUCAGAAUCAGCAGAAACAACAGCAACAGCAGCAACAAUCGCAGCAUAUGCAAAUCCAGCAGCAGCCGAUGAAAAUGGGCAUGCAGUUACAAGCUGGCAUGCAGCAGUAUAAGUCGAGCUCUCAGCAUGGGUUACAAUCCAAUGCGGCCGGAUACCAACAGCAACAGCAACACUACCAGACGCAGCAUCAUGCUAAUAAGCAGCAAAUGGCCAUGAGUGCAGGAAACAGCGCUGGCUCUGACACUCAAAGACGUUACAACAGAUACUCUAGAAUGGGUGGACAAGGUGGCAAUGGCUCCAAUAACAAUACUGGUGGCAAUUCUAUCAAUACUGGCAGCAAUAUUCCGUUCAGAUCUGGUGAUUGGAAGUGUUUGAACUGUGCAUAUCAUAACUUUGCCAAAAAUAUUGUGUGUCUGCGUUGUGGCAACCCUAAGAUAGUUGACGACGAAAGCUCCUGCUCUGUUAACAGCUCCAUGAAUUCAUACGGUAGCCUUUCUCUAAACGUCCAAGGUGGUGCAAAUAGUACGACAGCUGGAAUGUCUUUGGACAGCAGACCCGCAACUGCGUUAAGUGAUAAACAAUUGGCAAAUGGUAUAAACAAUAAUGAAGGUGGGGUUAACAACGAUACCGAUGGAACUGAAGAGCAUCGUGGCUUCCUAUAA